CUACAAGCAAGAACACCCUCAACCGUUCAUCCAAACCAAAAGCUAAAUCCGAACGAAAGAAGCUAUGGCAACUGAGAACCCACCCGUGCCUUCAGAAUCCGACCCGAAACCUAAUUCGGAUCCCGACUCAUUUCCUUACUUCGAAGACAUGAAAGAACUGGAGAAAGUCUUCAACCGCUUCGACACCAACGGCGAUGGCAAGAUCUCCGCUGACGAGCUCGACAGCGUGCUCCGGACGCUCGGAUCCGGCGUCUCGCCGGAAGACCUCCGCCGCGUCAUGGAGGACCUAGACACUGACCGCGACGGCUUCAUCAGCCUAACCGAGUUCGCCGCCUUCUGCCGCUCCGACUCCGCGGACGGUGGAGCCGUAGAGUUCCGCGACGCCUUCGACCUCUAUGACCGCGACAAAAACGGACUUAUCUCAGCUGAGGAGCUCCAUCUCGCGCUCAACCGCCUCGGCCUCAAGUGCUCCGUCGAUGAAUGUCGCGACAUGAUCAAGUCCGUUGAUGCUGACGGCGACGGAUUCGUCAACUUUGAGGAGUUCAAGACGAUGAUGACGACCUCCAAGAACCGCGGCGCCACCAAUGGCUCCGUCCAUUAGUCUUAGCCGCCGAUUCAAAAUCCGAGGCGUCUUCCAGACCUAAAAUAUGAUUGAAAGAACCUCCACCAAAGUAAAGAAUUGAACCAGCCACAAAAGCAAGUAAAGUAGCAAAAAGAGAUAAUUUUGGAAUGUUGUAGCUGAGGUGCAACUGGGGUGCAGUUGAGCGCCCUGCUCUUUGGAAGGUUGCCGCUAGGGUGCAGUUGAGCGCCCUGCUCUCUGGAAGGCUAUCGUUGGGGUGCAGCUGAGCGCCCAACUCUCUGGAAGGCUACCGUUGGGGUGCAGCUGAGCGCCCUGCUCUCUGGAAGGCUACCGCUGGGGUGCAGCUGAGCAGUGGCGCUGCUGAUGUGGAAAAUUUAGUCUAUUUAGACCUAAAACGCGAAGGGAAAGUGUCUUUGGUGGUUUGGAGGCACGACUUCACUGUUUGGAGCUCUUGGAGGCUGCAUGGAGCAUGUGGGAACAUCUUCUCCCUCCUUGAGUCUCCUUCUUCUUCCAUCUUCCAUUGUUGUAAGCUUGAAGGCUCUCCAUGGCCAUUUUCCAUGGACAGCCAAACCCAUCUUG